AUGAGCCCCCAUGAGUUCCCCUUUGCGAGUUCCCCUUGCGAGUUCUCCCAUCAUGGGUCUGCCCCCCACUGCCCACAGGCUCCCAGGCUCACCUUACAGCAGCUGCCCCAUAGCAGGCCUUGCCCCACAGCAGGCCUCCUGGCUCCCCAUAGCAGGCUCGCUCCCAUAGCAGGCUCCGUCCCACAGCAGGCUCUGCCCCACAGUUCUUUGGGUCUCUUCUGCAAGUCUGGGUCUCCCUUUGCAGUCUGCCCCUUGCAAGUCUCCCUCCCAAGUUCUCCCCAUAGCAAGUCCUCCCACACAGCCUGCCCCUUUGUCUGCCCCCAAGUGUCUGUCCCACUGAGUCUGCCCCACUGCAAGUCUGCCCCACUGUCUGUCCCCACUGCCCGUCCCACUGCCCACUGCCCCACUGGCCCCAUCCCACUGCCCCCACUGCACGCCCCAUUGCCCCACAAUGCCCGCCUCCCCACUGCUCCGUCCCCAUUGUGUCUGCCCCCAUUGCAAGUUCUGUCCAGCAGAACUUCAUCUCCCCAUUGCAAGUCUGCCCCCAUUGCAACCUGCCCCCACUAA